CCAUGAGAAAAUCUGUUAUCUAAUUCCACACUUACAAUAAUAAUAAUAAAGAGGGUUGAUUUCCACAAAAUAUAUCCGACUGUCUACAUUUAAUUCAAAUAAAUCGUGUAUAAAUAUGAUUAACCUGAAGACAAAACCACACUCAAACAAAAGUCCUACAAAAAAAUGGUGACGAAUUAUUUGGUGGUGUUUCUGCUUCUGCAAAUCGUCGCCUUCUGCAGUUCAUCGCCACUGUCGACGAACUCGCGAUGGAUAGUGGACGACGCGAGCGGGAAGCGCGUGAAGCUAGCGUGUGUGAAUUGGGCUUCACACUUGGAGCCAAUGAUCGCAGAGGGCCUCGAAAAGAAGCCAAUCAACGAGAUAAUAAAGAAGAUAAGUGAAACGGGGUUUAACUGCGUGAGGUUCACGUGGGCGACGUAUAUGUUCACGAGGCCUGAUUACGGCAACCUUAAAGUCUCCGAAUCGUUGGAUAAGUAUAAUCUGUCGGCGGCGAAAGCCGGCAUUGCCAAGAACAAUCCUCAGUUCUUGGAGAUGACGGUGGUGGAGCUUCACAAGGCUGUGGUGAGUGAGCUCGGGAAGAAUAAGGUGAUGGUGGUGCUCGACAACCACGUCAGCCGCCCCACGUGGUGCUGCGCCGGCAACGACGGCAAUGGCUUCUUCGGAGAUGCCUACUUUGACCCCAGCGAGUGGUUGCAAGGCCUAGCUGCUGUGGCCACAACAUACAAGGGUUUUCCUGAGGUCGUAGGUAUGAGUAUGAGAAACGAGCUACGAGGCGGGCGGCAGAACGUGCCGGACUGGUACAAGUACAUGCAAGACGGAGCCAACACAAUCCACGCCCAAAGCCCUGAUUUCCUAGUCAUCGUCUCCGGUCUAUACACCGACACCAACCUCGGCUACCUCCGCUCGAAGCCCUUUGCAGUUAAUUUCACCAACAAAUUAGUCUUCGAAGCGCAUUGGUACACAUUCGGCAUCCCCGCCAAGAGCUGGACUGCCCAGACCAACAAUUUGUGCGCCACGGUCACGAAAAGGGCACGAGACAAUUACUUCUUCUUGACUACUGCAGCCAACAACUCUUUCCCUGUCUUCAUAAGUGAAUUCGGCAUUGAUGAAAGUGGUGAGAGAGUUGCAGAGAGCAGAUACAUCACUUGCUUCUUGGCUGCGGUUGCUGAGAAUGAUGUGGAUUGGGCUUUGUGGACUUUGCAAGGCAGCUACAUACUUAGACAGGGUAAAGUGAAUCUUGAGGAAGCUUUUGGAGUUCUUGAUAUUAAUUGGGAUCAUCCCAGAAACACUACUUUUCUUAGCAGGUUGCAAAUUGUUCAACAGAUGAAUCAAGAUUUCACGUCCAAGAAACCAACAUAUUACAAAAUGUUCCAUCCUUUGAGUGGACAAUGUGUGCAAAUUGUGAAGAAUGAGACAGUUUUAGCCAACUGCAAAGAUGCAAGCCGAUGGGAUCAACACCAAGAUGGCGGCCUUAUCAAGUUGGCGGAGGGUGCAGGGUGCCUGGGGGUGGCCGGAGACGGCGCCGCGCCUCGUGUUUCGAGUGACUGUUCGAGCAAUGGGAGCAAGUGGAAGAUUGUAUCGAGCUCAGGUCUUCAUUUGGCUGCUCAAGAUGGGAAGGGGGAAUAUUUGUGCUUGGAAGUGAAUGCUUCAGAUUCUAAACUUGUGACCAAAAAAUGUUUGUGUGUUGCAGACAAUCUUACUAAUCUACGCACCUGUGCUGACAAUCCUCAACCACAAUGGUUUAAACUUGUUCCAGCAAAUGUUUGAAUUAAUGGUUAUUGGGCAAGAUGAUGGAUACACUAUAAUUCAACACUUUUUCCUCUUUGAAAUUGAGGUUGAAGAACUAGUCAAAUGUGUAUUUGAACCAUGUUUUACCCAGAGAAUAAACAUUUGGGUAUUAUCUGUUUUACAA